AUGCCUCGUGCCCCGCAGACAAGUGGCGUAGCCUCGUUCGCCUGGCCAGCCUGUACCAGGGACCUGCAGACCGAAGCCCAAAAGCCCAUUCUGCCUGUUCCCAGUGGUGCACACCCCCGAAUGGAGUGUGAACCAAUUGAAAAUACCCCACCCCCCUUGGGUGACAUGUUCGUAGGCCCGGGCGAGUGCAUCUUGAAAAAGAGUAAAUGUGCUCUGUUCUUGCUGCCUGUGCAGAGGUGGGGAGUCGAAGAGGUAAUUACAGAAAACCGGACAAUUUGCGUGUGUUUUGGGGAAAAAAUCUGGUAUACUCUGUGGGUUGGCUGCUCGCGCCUAUUAGUGGUGCAUAUACCCGAGCUACCGGAGGGAAGUACAUAGUUGAAAAUCUACCGUAUCCCCUUAACCACCGGCCACUCAUUCCAGCCCGGUCAGGAGACCGGGUCAUUGCCCUUCCUCGGGAGGUCGGCAGCGACAACUAGACCGAGCUGGUGCAGAAAAUGGUGCUAUUUCUGCCCAAAGAUCGGCAUGUCCUUCACCACCUGUUUGUCCGUUUUAGGCUCCCUUCGUGCGAAGAUGAGGGCACGAGAAUUCCGCAAUGCUCGGAGGCAUGAGAUCGUGUCUCCUGACAUUGGACCGUCUUUGCAGUCGCCAACGGCUUGGAUG